AUAAGCGCAAACCUACUUAUCUUAGUAUUCAUCCCAACCUCUGUUCCUUGAAACUUCAACUUCGCGACCCUUUUUGUUACCUUUUGUUAUUAUUAUUUGUUCUUCCAAAUCUCACCCCGCAAAAUCGGGCCACAGCUACGCCCUGGCAAGUCAUCACAGUAACCGCCAUACUGGCUGCUUUAUAGACCAAUCGAGGAUCGAUCCUCUCCCCAGGGGCCAGCAGCAGCAGUAUCGUCAUCAUUACCACUGCUACUACUAUUGCCCAUAUACAAACAUAAUCGUCAGGCAGGAGGGCCGACACUCAGACACGACAAGAUACGACCAAAAAUGGCCAACGACAGUAAUGAGAUUGACCGCGAGAUUCUCGCCGCAGAACAAGAUGCAGCGCGCGACUACAACAGGCGCGCCUCCACCGAGGUCGAGAGGGUUGUUUCCGCGUCGUCGGUGUCCACGUCCACUUCUGGUGGCUCACUGCGAGAACGCCAUGGCAUGAUGAGCAGGAUGUCGACGCAGCGUGAUCUGGAACGCCAUCCCACAGAGCUUGAUCGUAUACAAACCGCCAGGAGCCAGCAUAGCGCGACCGUGGGUGUGAGUAUGGGCCGGAGCAACACCAAUACUCGUGACUCCAGGAGACCAAUGCCUCCCAUGGGUGGAGGCAAGAGCCUACCGCCGAAGCUGAACGUGGACGAUUACGUGGUGGAGUUCGACGGCCCAGAUGAUCCUCUACAUGCGCAGAAUUGGCCUCUGAGAAAGAAGAUCCUCACCGCCGCCAUGUUGGGCUUCACCACCUUGACAGCAGCCUUCACGUCGAGCAUCUUCUCCGCCGGGACCCAAAUCAUAGCAGCUGAGUUUGGUGUCUCGACCGAGGUCGGCAUCCUGGGCGUCUCGUUCUACGUGCUUGGCUUCGCUACGGGCCCUUCGCUGUGGGCCCCUUUCUCGGAACUGAAGGGACGUCGGCUACCUCUUGUCAUCUCCAUGUUCGGCUUCUCCAUCUUCACGAUCUCUUGUGCCGUUGCCAAGGACCUCCAGACAAUCCUUAUCGUCAGAUUCUUUGCCGGCUUCACCGGAGCGUGUCCUCUGGCAGUCGUCGCGGCUGUCUUCUCGGACAUGUUCAACAAUGCCACCCGUGGGAUUGCCAUCACCAUCUUCUCCAUGAUGGUCUUCACCGGUCCCCUGCUGGCCCCGUUCAUAGGUGGGUUCAUCGUCGAAUCGUACCUGGGCUGGAGGUGGACCAUGUACAUCACCUCCUUCAUGGGCUUCCUGAGCUUCGGCCUGGAUCUCAUCUUCCUCGAGGAGACCUAUCCGCCGCAGAUUCUGGUUGCCAAGGCCGCCGAGCUCCGCCGCAGGACCAAGAAUCACUUCAUACACGCAAAGCAGGAAGAGAUCGAGGUCGACUUUCGAGAGCUCGUCGAGAAGAACUUGAGCCGGCCCAUGCGGAUCCUGUUCCAGGAGCCCAUCGUGCUCCUUCUGAGCAUAUACAUGAGUUUCAUAUAUGGGAUUCUGUAUUUGUUCCUGACGGCCUAUCCACUGGUCUUCGAAGGGGUGCAUCACUUCUCCCCUGGUGUUGCUGGUCUCGCCUUCUUCGGCAUGAUCAUUGGCGAGCUGAUCGCCGGCCUCGUCGUCCUGGCGCAGCAGCCCUGGUACCAGCGCAAACUCGCCGCCAAUAACGGCAUACCCAUCCCGGAAUGGCGUCUCCCCUCAGUCAUGGCCGGAGGCCUCGCGUUUGCCAUCGGCUUGUUCUGGUUCGGCUGGAGCGGCUACCGCGCAGAUAUCCACUGGAUCGUUCCCACAGCCUCCGGCCUCCUCACAGGGUUUGGCCUCAUGUCCAUCUUCCUGCAGGCCCUGAAUUAUCUCGUGGAUGCGUAUCUCAUGUUCGCCGCAUCGGCCAUAGCAGGAAACACAGCCAUGCGUUCGCUGUGUGGCGCUGGAUUUCCCCUCUUCUCAACAUACAUGUUUGAGGGCAUGGGCAUCCAGUGGGCCUCGACGUUGCUCGGAUGUGUGGGCGUAGCGCUAGUACCCAUUCCCGUCAUCUUCUACCUGUAUGGCCACAAGCUUCGGGCCAAGAGCAAGAUCGCGCCGACGUUCCCAUCACAGAAGGACGAGAGAGGAGAUGGCCAGGGUGCUUUGGCAUCUGCAGCACCAAAGAAAGAGUCUGACAAGGCCACUGAGGCUGUCUGAGCUUAUAACGUAGAAACAAGGCAAUGUUCUUGGAUUUGUUGGCUCACGAAGGAUGAUAAAAACAAUAGAGGUUCGGGGUCAUGCUGUGGCAUGAGAGCAGGCUUGCAUGGUCAUGCGGACGGAAAUUGUCAGAAAAUAUGUAAGAACGAUUUAAUAGGCUACAUAAUGUCAAAAUAAUACUCGAGGGUCGAAGG